AUGAUAUAAUAAGAUGAAGAACUCAGAUGUACCCAAAAUCAUGGGCAGCCUAUCCAAAUAGUAUUAUUAGAUAGAGACUUAUUCACAGAGUAGCGUUUGUUAUGUAAUGUUUGCAUGUAAAAUUCUGAAGGAAGGUCGAAUUGGAUUGGAUAUAAUAAAUUAAUGGAAAAGAUUACAAUGAAUAAAACAUAAAGAAGAAAACAGCUUUAAGAAAUUAUAAAAACACCUUUGAGUUUGGUAGAAUAGUUUUAGAUCUUAUUAAAUAAUUUAAAGCUUUCAGUAUACUAAUAGUUUGACUAAUUGACAACGUAAUCAAGCGAUUGGAAAAAUGCCCUUCUUAGAGUGGUAGAAGAUUAAAAUUUCUCGUUUUUUAGAGAAUUAGACACUAUAAUUUAUAAUGGAGAAGGAUAUUUAUUUGAUAAAGAAGAAAUUAUUAAUUAAAUAAUAUAAACUAAUACAUAAUAUUGUAACAGUAUUAAUGGGGGAUUAUCUGCUCUUAGAAAGGUUGAAUUGUAUUCACAAUGUGUCUUAAGGUUAAAUGAAAUUGAUAACAGUUAACAUAUUAAAUUAAGUGAUCAAGUAAUUCCUUAAGAAAUGGAUUGUUUUGCAAUUGCCUUUAAUUAAUAUGGAUAGUACAUGAUAUCAGGAGUCAAUUCUGAAAUUAAAGUCUGGGAUUUUAAUUAAGGAAAUUUGAAUGAGAGGUGCACCCUUAUUGGACACACAGAUACUAUAAGUUGUCUUCAAUUUAGUAAGUAAAGCAAUAGUUUCAUAUCAGCUGGCUAUGAUAAUUCUAUUCGAUGUUGGAGAUUAAGUUCAGAACUUUGUGCGUAGAGUUAUAUAUUAUCAUAAAUAAGCCCUAUGGAUUAGGAUUAGGAUUAGGUUGGCCCUUAUACAUACGAUCAGGGAUAGGAAUGGUAAAGCUCUUAACCUUUUGUGGAACAUACUGAUGGAAUAAAUUGUUUUAUUCUCAAUCAAGCUGAAAAUUAGCUUUUCUCUGGCGGAAAAGAUAAAUCAAUAAAAAUUUGGUAAUAUGAUAAUUUCGAGAAUGCAUUAACUUUUUGCUAUUCAUUAGAUCGACAUAAGGAUACUAUUUUUAGUUUAAGUUUAAAUAAAUAUGAGGAUACUUUAGUUUCUUGUGGUAAGGAUUAAUAAAUAAUAAUUUGGAAGAAAUCCAAUAAUCUUAUUUGGUAAUUUGGAUAUAUAGUUACAUAAUCAAUUAAAGAAGAAGGGUGCAGACUAUUCUUUAUAAGUGAUACCUCAUUUAUAUGGGUGACAGGAAGCAAAUAUAGUGAGAAUUGCAUUAGCACAUUUGAACUAAGCGAAUAAAAUAUUUACCAAGAAAAUUUGGAAAAAAAAGUAAAUUUAACAGUUAAUAAUGAUAUUUUUGAUUCGAGUUUUUUCCAAUCUGUUAAUGUCUUUAAAAGGAUUUAUUGA